AACUCCACUAUAAAUAUUCUUAUGUUGUUAUCAAACACUUAUCAUAUUUGCUUUCACUACUUCUCACUUUUGUCCUUUUUAAUAAUAACCCUUUUUCUCUUUCUCUUUUUCUUGACUAGAUAGUGAUUUUUAGUGGUCUCGCCGGAAUUUUCGCCGCCGGCCGCCGGAAAAUGGGUCACCGGAGAGGAGUGGGAGGAGGGGUUGUUGCUGGGCUGUUUGUGUUGCUUUUACCUGUUUUGUUCCCCACUCUUUUUGCUCCUUUUAGUCAUGCUUCUCCUUCUAUCUUCUCUGAAUAUAAUACUCCAAGAACUAGACACUCGCGUCUGAUCAAGAGUGCUGUACAGCGUCAAACUUCAGAUAAACAGCAAUCUGAGCUAUGGAGUCCACUGCCUAACCAAGGAUGGAAGCCCUGUAUAGAAUCAACCUCCACCUCAGCAGAAAUAUUACCUGAAAACACUUUGGGAUAUCUUCAGGUGUUCCUUGAUGGAGGAUUGAACCAACAGAGAAUGGGGAUCUGUGAUGCAGUUGCUGUUGCAAAAAUACUGAAUGCAACACUUGUAAUUCCUUAUUUAGAAGUUAAUCCAGUCUGGAAGGAUUCAAGCUCAUUUAUGGAUAUAUUUGAUGUGGACCACUUUAUUGAUGCAUUGAAAGGUGAUAUAUCUAUAGUUAAGGAGCUUCCUGAGGACUUCUCCUGGAGCACAAGAGAAUAUUAUGCCACAGCUAUUCGAGCUACAAGAAUCAAAACGGCACCAGUGCAUGCUUCAGCUAACUGGUAUCUGGAUAGUGUGGUGCCUGUUUUAGAGAGCUACGGAAUAGCUGCAAUUGCACCAUUUUCACACCGUCUGGAUUUUGAUAACAUGCCCAAGGAUAUCCAGCAUCUACGUUGCAAGGUCAACUUUCAAGCACUAAGAUUUGUAUCUCACAUCAGAUCUCUUGGAGAUGCCCUUGUCAGUCGCCUUCGCUAUGCUCCAGGGCAAAAUGAAGCAAUUGACAGCAAGUUUCUUAGAGGUAUUGCUGAUGCAAAAGAAAAUAAAGCAGCAGGAAAAUUUGUUGUUCUCCACCUUCGAUUUGACAAGGAUAUGGCUGCACAUUCAGCCUGUGAUUUUGGAGGUGGCAAAGCUGAGAAGCUGGCACUGGCUAAGUACCGACAAGUUAUUUGGCAGGGAAGAGUCUUAAACUCCCAGUUCACUGAUGAAGAGUUGAGGAAUCAGGGUCGCUGUCCAUUAACUCCAGAAGAAAUUGGAUUACUACUAGCCGCUAUGGGCUUUGACAACAACACUCGUCUUUAUCUUGCUUCUCAUAAGGUUUAUGGCGGGGAAGCUAGGAUCUCAACAUUACGGGAACUGUUCCCACUUAUGGAAGAUAAGAAGAGUCUUGCAUCAGGAGAGGAAAGGGCUAACAUCAAAGGGAAGGCUUCUUUGUUAGCAGCUGUUGACUACUAUGUUGGCAUGCAAAGUGACAUCUUUGUCUCUGCGUCACCUGGGAAUAUGCACAAUGCCAUGGUAGGGCAUCGAACAUACCUGAAUAUGAAGACAAUCAGACCUAAUAUGGCACUGUUGGGCCAGCUUUUCCUGAACAAGAGCAUCAGUUGGACGGACUUCCAAGACGCAGUCAUGGAAGGGCACAAGAAUAGGCAAGGCCAACUUAAAACCAGAAAACCGGGACAGUCAAUAUAUACCUAUCCCGCUCCAGACUGUAUGUGCUAUUCUUGAGACUAUGGUUUGAAGAUACACGGGAUGUUUCUUCAAUAUUUCGUAUGAUUUGCAGUGCAAGUAUGCGAUGUUUGGUUGUGGUUUUUACAGUUCGAAUAAGAUACUUUAUCCUAGUUUUCCUGUGUAGUUCACAUUAUCACAUCUUUUAUUGUGAGGGGAAGAGACGGAGAGGAUUGUUAGUUGUUUACAUUUUGGAUUAGCUUAGAUUUUCUUCAAACUACUGUGAGUUGAGCAUAUAAUGUAUUAUAUUUACUAAGGUAUUCAGUCCUGAUUCUAAUAAAUUUUAUCCGGUGGUUAAUAAUAUAAUAUAUGAAUUCUGAUAAA